AUUCAAGACAUCUCGCAGUCGGCGUCUGCAGUCUCGGCGUUUGUAUCCCCGGAGCUGUGGGGUACCGAAGUCACCCUCCGCAUGAUGGCCAAGCUCCUGCAGCAACCCAUUUUCUUGAUCAUCGUGCCCUACGGUCUGGAGGCGGCCCCCAGCUACCAAGUCUACGAGCCUGAGCAAACUGUGAAGGGCGGGUAUCAGCUGGACUCAGCGGACGAGCACUAUUUUGCCAGCUCGAAACUCGACGAGUGGCUCUCUCGGCUCCAG